AUGUCGCAGCAGUCGCAUCCCAUGAUCAUUAACCUCCCCCAGCCCCCUUCAAAUCCGGACACCCCGUCUGAGAUGCCCGGCACCCCCACCAGCACGACUACCUCCCUCUCUGCCCUCUCGACUACCGCGAUCAAAGAUGGCCAUCGUGGGCAUGCCCUCGCGUCCGCUGGUGGCCGCGGCCACGGCCAUCAUGCUUCGACCAACAGCCUCGAAGCCGAGCGCGCAGAUCGCAUCUCUCGCCUAGCUGGUCUGUCUACCGUCUCGACCCUGCGCCCUCCGCACGGCAGCCACGGACAGUAUCAAAAUCUACCUACCCAGACCACGCCCACCUCGAGCGGCUUCCCUGCCGGUGUUGCUUCCGGCAUCACCCCUGCAUACUUCGACGCCCAGGGCCAGCCGAUCGCCCCUACUAAGAUGAGUACGGUCGGAACCGCGUCCGCAACUGAGAGUGUCGGCGGCAGGACUCUUGCCGACGGUCGCGAAGAUGACCAGGACAUGCCUGACAACGAGGAGGAUCUGCUGAGCAUGGACACGAACUACCGCGAGACCGAGAUGGACUCGGCCAGUGGCUAUCUCGGCGCUGGCGCCGGUGAGAUGGACCCCAUGGACGAAGAUUUGGCGACUCGAUCUGUGGGCGGCUUUGACGAUCGGAUGAGCGACGACGGCUCCGCUAGCCUGGUUGGCUUUGGCGAGGGCGCAGGCAGCACGGUUAGCGGACCUAUCUAUCACCGCCGGCCGAUCCCGGCCGGAAGCUCUGCGGGUGCCAUGGCCAACAUCUGGGGACUGGAGCGCAGCAGCUCCGGUCUGAGCGAGGGCGGUACCGUGGGUGGCCAGCGCCGAGAUACGGUUAGGCCUGGCGAUAGAGAAGGCGGCGAGACCCCUGUCAGCAUUAACGCUGCUGCUGAGCGGCGCGAGGCGCGCAUGAUGGACGGCAUUGCGACCGAUGGCGGCGGCACGAGCUCCUUCGUCGAUACCACGGCCCGUGGACCGAUCCCUGUCGGACAGGUCCAGCCGAACACGAGCGCCGUGCGGGAGACACAACAGCCUUCGUCACAUCAGCAGCUCCAGCAGCAGGAGCUUCAGCAGCAGGAACUUCAGCAGCAGGGUAACCUCCCGCCGCGAGAUGCCGCUGAGCGCAUCCUCCGGGACCGACUAGAUGAGGGCGAGGCACAUGUCGGCGAUGCAGCGAUGGGCAGCCCUGGACAGGGUGGCGAGCGGCUUGGCAAGUUCUACUUUGAGGGGCGCAAGUGA